CAUAAAUCUAAAAUCUUCAAUUUCGUCCAAAAGAGAACUUGAACUCUUGUAACUCAGCGUGGCGCCGCUGCCGCUCCUCCUCCUGCCGUCUUAGGUGAAGAGGCCGGCGCGUCUAGUAGGUGAGCGAGGCGAGAAACGAUCCGCGUUAGGUGGUUUAUUUCAGUGCGACGGCCGGCACCAUCACCAAGUCCAAGUCGCAUCCAUCAUGAUGAACGCGCGGCUCUUAUUUGCUCCUCGACCGCGUCGAGGUGAAACGAUGCGACACUGAUUGUUGUGGUUCAUCUAUACAUAAGGAAUGAGAAGUCCUGCCCGGCGCGCCCGCGGCCGGUUGACUUCGACCUACGGGUCGUUGGCGGAGCUUCUUCUUUUCGCACUGUUGGGGUUGCGUCCGCUCGUAAUGCUAACGCUGCCCCUCCUCGUGCGCCUAACCGUCCUCGCGGUGCAUCAAGACCGCUCAAGUCAAGACCAGACGAGCAGGAAGAUCACCACGACCGUCGAUGCGACAGCACCAGACGAACAACUGAUCAGGGUAGCAGACAAGGUGGCAGAGCUCGACCACGAUGCAAAAACACAACAACUCGGCGGUCACGAGCGUCUUCUUCGUGGGACGAAAGUGACCUCCGAUAGAACUGCCAGUACCGCGACCAAAAGCCGCGACGCCAACGGACCACGAACGUUUUCCACCAGCGGUGGCUCCUCUGUGAUAACGAUUGAGGCUGACAGCAGCACGACAGACACUUCAGAACAGUACUACGCGAUUCCGAACACGGUCUGGGUUGAGGUCCCACUGGACAGGUUUCUGUGGACGGCGUCACAGGGCUCUGGCGACCUGGACCAGUGGAGCAACGCGACGGUGCCUUUCACAUACGGCGAACAGCGGGAGCAGUGCCCCGCAGACGCUCUUAUGUCUAUCUACCCCAAAGAGUACGCGUACGUCGUCUCCACAACCAAAACGACCGACGAAACGAAUUGCUGCAGCGUUACGGAAGCGUCAGGUUGGAAAGCAACAAAUGAAUGGAAGCACAAGCGCUACUUUGUGAUGCAUAGAAUGCGAGGGCGUGGCACCUAGUCGUAAUCCCUGUCUUGCAGAGAAGCCAAGCGCGGCCGAUUGUACUCCUGUCUAGGGUUAAUAUUGAAAGAAGAAGAGCUGCUGCGAAAGAGCAUGACGUAAGCGGUCUUCUUUGCUACAAACACCCAGCGCGACAGAUCGAAUGUAAGUAGUUGCUUCCGAAAUUGCAAUUGGUCGCGCGCCGCUUGGAAAAUAAAGGGACGCAGUCGUUGGGGGUCAAAGUCAUGACAUCAAUUUCAUGAAUGGUAAGUGUUGAUUUUGCUUUUAUUUAUUUGCAAAUUUCCACCGACCUGACACUUCCAUAAACGCGCAGAAUAGUGCAGAUGCGGACGGGAGUUAUUGGUGGGAGGCAAGUUUAAAAAAUGGCGAGGAGAGAUACAUUUCGAAGGUCCGGCUGUACAACCGCAAGGGCCACGAGGCGGAUUUGAACAACGCAACUUUGGUCAUUGACGGCGAUACAGCUGCGGGAACGGACAUUGGAGUGAUCUCUUCUGCUGAAGCGGACCUUUCAAUCGGCUUGUUUGACACGGGGGGCACCGUGGUCGCCAUUGGCAAAAGGCUCAACAAAGUCCGGAUUACGAAAACCGGGACGCCGUUCAGCAUCUGCGGUGUGUUUUUUUUCGUGUACAUGGACGAAUUUCCGGACACGAGUUUAGUCGCGACGCAAUCCUCAAAUUAUUCAAGCAACCUCUACUACAACGCACGAGUGGCGAUUACGAACCAACUCGGCAAGUUCCCCGUGAAAACAUCCCACACCUAUGCCAAGUUCCCCGUAUUCUGGCAGCUGGAAUUUGCGAGCGGGAAGGCGCACUGGGUGGACCAGAUCCGACUGGUCAACCGUGGCGAUUGCUGCCAAGAACGCACCAACCAUCUCCAAGUGUACUUCGACAGCGCCGCAGACCAAGACCCGUAUUACAGUGCACAACUACUGCUCUCCUGUUUCUCCUCGCUUGAAAGGCAUGAAGUGCAAGAUAGGAAACGGCUGCGCCGGCAGACAGUACUUACUUGCGUAGGAACUUCUUCACGACGAGUGCAAAGCGACGCAUAGAUUCUAGUGCCGCCAACAUUUGGGCUUCAGGAUGCUGUCAUGCACACAGUGCUAGUAAUACAUUGCUAUUAGGUAGAGCUAGAGCAGGUGAAUGUUAAGGGUAUAGCUAGGGCUACAGUAGAAGUAGCAGUGCACGUGCACCACAAGACGACAAACAUCAAGCACCACAUCAGAAAUUGAGAAAGAGGAAGUGGAGCAUUUUUGUACUGUCACAAAACACCAACCGCCGGAAGCCAGGCGUUUGUGCUAAACGACACAACGCGGACGGUCGACGGGAGAAACGGGAUUACCAGCACGAGCUAUCCACCGCAAACAUGUUUGGGUCUCCUGGAAGGUUGUCAUGCUAUUAUGUGGACGGCGACGGGGACGGCCAGCAGACGUCAGUACAACGCUGCGCAUCUUUGACAAAAUUUCUAUUCGGCUUCUAUGCAUUCCCUACGGCAACGGCGCGUGACAAACAGCGACUUUCUUGAAUGACACAGAAGACGUGCUCUGGCGCAACAUGCAUCUUCACAGAAUUGUCACAGGCACGGGCUUGCACGCCCUGCAUUAAAUGAAUUCCGAACCCAAGCAGAAUUUGCGAGUUGAUACGAGCUUGCUGGGAAGCAUGCUGCGAAUAGAAAGGAGUUUCCGCAAAAUGAAGCUCGCACCGCCACAGGCAGAUUACAUCAACCUGCAAGGGGUCAGUGUUUACUAUCGGACGAACGUGGGUCCCGAUAUGACAUCGACGACGACGACGACGACGUCCACAACAUCAACACCGAUGAAGACCAGCGCCCCCGCGACAUCUUCACCCACGGAGGACGGAGUAAAAGAUACUACACCCGACGCCGGCGCCGACGUCGGCGCGGAAACUUCUGAGGGCGAAGGACGGGAUAAGGACAGCACCAAGCUCAGGAACGCCGCCAUCGUGGGUGCGUCGGUUCUUCUGUGCGUAAUUCUGGGAUUGAUUUUGACGCAACAAAACCACGAGACCGCGGGCACAGCGGCAGACGAACACGGUGACGACGGGGAGGAACACGAGACUCCUGGAGCAGACGAAGUCGCAGGAGGUGCUGGCGGUGACGAAGGCUCCGCGUCCUUCAUCGCCGGAGCAAGCGGAAACUUUGUCCGGGCCGGCUCAAUGGGUUCGAUCAACUACACCUCCGGUUUUGGUGGCGGCUCUGCAUCGUUUGGUGGCGCCGGGUCGUCCGCGGCCACAAUAGGGCCCGGAAGCUCGGCGUCUUUUGGUGCCGGCUCAACAACAGUUGGGGACCAGUCCGCUCCAGUCGGAGAUUCCCUGCGAAAAACUCCGAAUGCAUCCGCGUCUUUUGCCCGUACAAAGAAGUGUGUUUUGCUAGACGUACUAGAAUCGGAUGUGGUUGUAGUACCAUGGUACACGACAACAAGAAAUACAAGUACAACUUUGUCUAGCCGGCGUGGUAAAAAUGUGUUGCGCAGAUGAUACUGAUACUGCAAGCAGGACUUUAUGAGACUUCAAGAUCACUUAUACUACUACACUAUUGGCAGGUUCCGGGUCUUUCGUCGUCGGCAAUGCGUCCACUGGGGGUGGCUCGAUGGUGAAGUCCUCUGGCUUUGGUGGCGGGUCGGCAUCAUUUGGUGGCGCCGGCUCGUCCGCCGCAUUUGGAGACGGCUCGGCGUCUUUUGGUGCCAGCUCCGCUGCGCCAGUUGGGGACCAGUCCGCUCCGGUUGGAGACUCCCUGCGAAAAACCCCGAAUGCGUCCGCGUCUUUUGGCCGUACAAUCACAUAUGAAAUUUUGUUUUGCUGGAAGUAGAACUACUACGCCACCGGAUGCAGUAGAUGAAGCACCAUGCACAACAAGAAAUUCAACUUCUUCUGUGAUGUUGCACAGAUACUGAUACUGCAAGUAAGGGGCACUUUACCAUGAGACUUGCACUUGAAGAACACCUACGCUACAACUACACUACUGAAAAACACCUGGCAGGUUCCGGGUCUUUCGGCGUCGGAAAUGUAUCUUCUGGGAGCGGCUCGAUGGUGAAGUCUUCCGGCUUUGGUGGCGGGUCAGCAUCGUUUGGCGGCGCCGGGUCGUCUAUGUAUUGCAAAUAUGACUUUGGUUCUGGAAUAAACAAGGUGCAAACUACUACGAGCCCUGUGGAUGCAGUAAAAGGAAAAGCAGCCCACUUUUGGCCAUGCUGACAGCGAUUAUUCAGGCAGGGCUGUUGCAGGCAUAGACUUUCAUCAAAGGUAUUGCGUUGCAGCCUGUGAUGCUACUUCUGCAUUUCAUUAUCAUUUCCAGACCCAGAAAACAUGUUUGCAAUUGAUAUCGUCCGCCGUAAUGGGACCACCUAGCGGCUCAGCAUCGUUUGGUAGCCCCGGGCCGUCCGCCUCCGCCGCAAUGGAAAGCGGCUCGGUUGCUUUUGGCGGCUCACAGGCGACCGGCGGCGGCUCAGUGGCGAUCGGCGGCACCUCAAUAGCACCAGGCGGUGAGUCUGGCUCAAUUACGGGGCGUGACGGUGACUUAUCAGAAUGAAAAAUCCCCCCGCGUCCCCGUAAGAAAGUACUCGAGUUGAGACAUUUGAUGGCGCACCAUGAUGCAAUAAUCUUAAUCUCUAGAAUGUGGCGGUGAUCGAUUUCACGAAUGCGGUUAUACUAGCUCUGGCUAGCCGUAGCCACGACGGCGACGCUGCGAGCACCCCCUAUGAUGCACAAGAGCCAAAGCUUCUCCAUUUGUCGUGUUGCUAAGUUCACGUCUUCUUGACUAUGGGGUGGGCGGGAGGACAUUUUCACACAGGAUAUCGGAGGCGCAGUCGCAAUAGGUCGAGGCAGUAGGGCGCUGGGGGAGGGGGCUGUAUGGUUAUGGGUACUUACUGCUCCGCAUUCGUGGAGGGACUUUAUCAUGUGCUGUGUGCGAAAUUGAAUUGAUGAAAUUUUUAUAAAUGCGCGAAAAUGUGGUGCGUGAUCAUACGCAAGCAU